CACUUUCAAAUUUCCGGGAGAUAUCGAAAUGAGCGUGGCAUGUCUGUGACCUCAUUGUGGACGCCGCGAAGAUCAUUUGGAUCCCGGGGAGGCUGCAUCACAGUGUAGUAUUGGACUCACAUGGUGUGCGGCUAAAGACUGUAGAUGCACUCACCCAAAGUGUGGAUAUUUGAGCGGAAGCGCCAUGGACGCAGCAGACAUAGUCGCCUCCUUGUUGGUUUCGGGGAUAAUUCUGGUGUCGCUGCUGUCCAACGCUGUGGUGCUGAUCUGCUUUCUGUGCAACCCGGAGAUCCGCAAGCAGGCGCCCGCUCUUUUCAUCCUCAACUUGACCUUUUGCAACCUGUUGCUCAGCGUGUCCAACAUGCCAGUCACUCUGGUCGGGCUCCUGGCCGCGGGCCACCCCGGCGGCAGCAGCGUCUUCUGCCAGAUUGUGGGUUUCCUGGACACUUUCCUCACCACGAACGCCAUGCUGAGCAUGGGAGCUCUCAGCAUCGACAGGUGGCUGGCGGUGGUGUUCCCACUCAGCUAUCACUCGAGGAUGCGCCACCGCGACGCAGUGAUGGCGCUGGGAUACACGUGGACGCACUCUCUUUGCUUCUCAAUAGUUGGCACCUGGCGCUCCUGGGUCGGGUACCACCACGUUUACGCAUCAUGCACCCUCUGCAGCGCCAGGGCGAAUGGAACUCAGUUCAUCAUUUUCACCGUGUCUCUGCACUCGCUCACUUUCCUGCUGACGCUCAUCGUGCUGUGUGUAACUUAUCUGAAAGUGCUGAAAGUUGCACGGUCUCACUGUAAACGCAUUGACGUGAUCACUAUGCAGACGCUGGUGCUGCUGGUGGACAUUCACCCCAGUGUGCGGCAGAAAUGCUUGGAUGAGCAGAGGCGGAGGAGGCAGAGGGCCACCAAGAAGAUCAGCACUUUCAUCGGCACAUUUGUGGUGUGCUUCACCCCGUAUGUCAUCACAAGAAUGGUAGAGCUCUUCUGCCCAGCGCCCAUAAGCCCUCACUGGGGUGUGCUGUCCAAAUGUUUGGCCUACAGCAAAGCAGCAAGUGACCCGUUUGUCUACUCACUGCUGCGCCACCAGUACAAGAAGGCCUGCAGCCUUCUCGCCAACAAAGUCCUCAAGAGGAGUCCUCUCAACUCCUCCUUUGGGACGGAGAACAACACAAGGAGAAGCGACAACAUCGUCAGCGCAGCCAACAACAGCCAGCCACCUGCCAACAAGCCAAUCAUCCAGUGAAGUUGGAUAUUUGUGAAGUAAAUGCUGGCUUUUAUUUGACAUUUUACUCUGUGGUAAACAUGGGAGCUAUGACUCUCUCUGACAGUGGGACAUCAGAGUGCACAAUCUCAGUCUUAAUUAUUUGUUCAAGAACAAGGCUGGAAAUACUCUGUAUUUUUCUUACUAUCAACCGUCAGGUUCUGUGAAAACACCCAAACCAGUGAUAAACUUUGUUCACACUCAAAUUAGUGGAUAUAUCUGGGAUUUUUUUAUUUUUUAUUUUUUUUUUUUUGAGCCCGUGUGAAGCUGCUAAAAAGGCAAUUAACAUUAUUCCUAUCGCCAGUGGUUG